GACCUUAUCUAUUCUGUUAUUUAAAUUUUAGAAUUUGAUAUUAUAAUUUAUAAUAUCAAUGUAAUAAUAAUAAUAAUAAUAUUCAAUUUUCCAAACGGUCUAAACGGAGUUUCUAAGUUGUAAGUAAAAUCCUGAGUGACCUGAAUCCACGUACAGAAUACAGAUAAUAGUCAACACCAGCACUUUUUCACCUAGGUUGAGUUAAAAUUCUAUCGUCAUAAGAUCUACGGAUUUCAUGUUUAACCACCUAAUCCAAGAAGUUCAAAAUGUUUGUCAAACAAGAGCAUCCUUUAAAUGAAAAUCCAGAAACAAAAUUAAACAUAAAGAAUAGUAAAAGUUAUGAAGAUUCCGAUAAAACUGAAACUCCAGAUAAUAAAGUUGAAGAAACAAAAAUAGUUAACACUGAAACUGAACCAGUAGUUGAAGAAAGACCAAUUUUUGUGUGCAAAAACUGUAAUCUGACUGAACGAUAUGAUUGUUUUAAUGACCACGUAUCAUUUAAUCGCCAGGUGGGAACAAAAGUGGAUUAUUAUUUAGCAAGAGAUCCAUUUUCACCGCGUAGCAAAAAGCAAUUUUUAAUCUUAGGAUCAGUAUGUUCUAUGUGUGACAAAGAUGUUUGUAUAAAACCUGAAUGCAGUUUAUUUUAUUCAAAGUUUUUCUGCUCUACUUGUGCAAGAAAAUAUAUUUUAAAUUUCCCUACUAGUAUUCAAGAAAAAAUCAAAACAACAAAAAGAAUUUAGAAAACUUAACAUACCUAAUACAUUUAAUUUUGCUAUUUUGAAAAGGACUUAUGUUUUGUACUGUUAAAUAAUUAUAAAAUUGAAUGUGAGUAAAUAGGAUAUGUAUCAACUCUAUUUAGACUGAAAUCUUUCAUACAACAUUGUUGUACAAUUCAUUUUUUUCAAUUGAAGCACUAUCAAUAUGAUUUUUUUAUAGAAAUUGUUACUUUGUAUUAUAACUAAAAUGAUCUCAUAAACUAAAUAAAAAAUUUCAAUAUUUGUUUAUUAUUAUAAUUUUUUUAGUACACAUAAAAGCAAAAAAUUAAAAAUUA